GAACGUGGAGCUCGCAGAGGCAAGGCCGAAGACAAGGAGUGGAUCCCCGUCACCAAGCUGGGCCGCUUGGUCAAGGACAUGAAAAUCAAGUCCCUGGAGGAGAUCUAUCUUUUUUCCUUGCCCAUCAAGGAGUCUGAAAUUAUCGACUUUUUUCUGGGGGCGUCUCUUAAGGAUGAGGUUUUGAAGAUUAUGCCGGUGCAGAAGCAGACUCGUGCUGGCCAGCGGACCAGGUUCAAGGCAUUUGUCGCCAUCGGAGACUACAACGGCCACGUCGGCCUAGGUGUUAAGUGCUCGAAGGAGGUAGCCACCGCCAUCAGAGGGACCAUCAUCCUGGCCAAGCUCUCCAUUGUCCCGGUGCGGAGAGGCUACUGGGGGAACAAGAUUGGCAAGCCCCACGUUGGGCGCCAGAAUGUCCCGUCCUGCGGGACAGGGCUACCUCCAAAAGCUGCUUCUAGUACCAGCACCACAACUGUUCCAACCAUGGCUAAAUUGGCCCCAUGUCAGAAGACGUGCAUCUAUGGGAAAGGGCGUGCCAAUGUAAGGAAGUCGGUUCUCCGUUCAGCAGGGCUGCGGAGAAUCUCCGUGUGUGUGGCAGGACUCCCACAGAAGCCUUCCUGA